AUGACAAAGGAAAGAAGGAACAACGGUCGUGCCAAAAAGGGCCGUGGCCACGUGCAACCCGCUCACGGCAUGAACUGCGCCCAGUGCGUGCCUAGAGACAAAGCUACAAAGAAUUUCGUCAUUCGGAACACAGGGGAGGUCACAGCCGUCGGGGACAUUCCUGAAGCGACUGUCUUAGACGCCUGUGUGCUUCCCAAGCCGUCCGUGAAGCUGCGUUCCUGUGCCAGUCGCCGCGAGGUAGUCAGGAAUCCUUCCCAGGAAGCCCGCACGGGCCGACACCCCACCCGGUUUAGACCCGCGGGGGCUGCCCCGCGACCUCCACCAAAGCCCAUGCAAGGAACGGCUCGAGAUCCGACAGGCCCUGCGGAUGGACUGUCCAUCGUGCUCCUUGCCACACCACCCCACAGCCGCACCUGGGAGUUGAUGGCCAAGACAUCUUCAUACCAGCUGGUGGCCCUGGUGGUCACUCCUCUCAUGGGGUCACAGUGA